CUGAGGCCUUGCGGGAGGAGUCUGUGUCUGGGGGUCUCCGGGCUGCAGCCUGCUCUGGGCCGUGGAAUGCGGGUUGGUGCAGGUGCGGGUGCCCCGCUGAGGAGGGCACCAUGGUGCAGCUCUACAACCUGCACCCGUUCGGCUCGCAGCAGGUGGUGCCCAGCAAGCAGGAGCCGGCGCUGUUCUGCUGCGGCCGGGACGCGCUGCUGGUAGCCUGCGCGGCGGCCGGCUGCAAGGUAGAGGCGUUUGCCGUGGGCGACCAGGAGCUCUGCGAGCCGCUCGGCUGUUUCAACACGCUGGGCCGGGUGCUGCACAUGGCAUACAGCGAGGCGGGAGAUUACUUGGUGACAAUUGAGGAGAAAAACAAGGCCACGUUCCUACGAGCUUAUAUGAACUGGAGAUGCAUGUCAACAGAGAACACUCGAGUUUGUGUCCGGAUGGUGGGUCACAAGAUGGAAGAGUCAUACAGUGAAUCUUCUAAAGUUCAGAUGUCAAUUGUGGAAAUGCCUCUUUCAGACCCACCACUGUGCAUUUCGUGUUGUCCUGUAAAUGGAGAUCUUCUUGUUGGCUGCAAAAAUAAACUGGUCAUGUUCUGCUUGAAAUAUCUUGUCAUAACUCAGGAUCUGACUGUUUUGGAUUUUAAACUCUCUUUAAUUUUGCACAUUGAUAACGUCACCCCUACAGAAGUAGCAUUUUGUGCCGGGUACAUAGCUCUAACAACAGAGUUGGAUGUUUUAAUCCUGAAGCUGGAACCCAUUCAUAGAGGUGCAGAUAAUACUGAACUAUGUGCAGAUAAAGUCAGAGCACCAGAAAAGCUUGUAGAUGAAGGUGUAAAAGAUGAAGUUCCCUCAGCCUUUUCUUCCCAGCUUGAAUCAGAUGACUUUGUCAUCUGUCAGAAGCCUGUGGAACUAUGUGGGGAGGAAAGCAGACUAUGCGGAAUACUGGUAACACUGGAGUCAACAGGGUUAGCUAAGGAAGACACAGAAUAUUUUCAAGUGCGGUACCUCCUAUACAGACGUUUUACUCCAGAUCUGUCAUCUUUCGUCUUCUCUGUUGAAGAGACCAAAUUGCACUCUCUUCAGCUACUGCCUAUGUAUCAGACAGAAAGUUCCAUGUCAGUCAAUGGAAAAACUGCAGCCAAGAAAGAAUUGCUGAGUGUCUUCUGUUUUUUCUCCUUGCCGCAUGUUGGGUAUCUCUAUACCGUUGGGAGCUUAGUAGAGCUGGUUUCUACCUAUCAGUACUCGGAAAAAUCUCAGCAGGCAGUUCUUACCCCACAAUUCCUACAUGUUAUUACAAGUAACAGCUUGCAGUGUUUCACAGUCCGAUGCAGUGCAGCAGCAGCUCGUGAGGAGGACCCAUACAUUGAUACAACCAUGAAGGCUUGCCCACCUGUGUCUCUAGAUGUCUGUACAUUAAGAAUGCAGCUUUUUAUAGGGCUGAAAGCUAUUUGUCACUUCAACAACCAUGUAAUACUUCUGACUAAGGCAGAUAGUGAAGAUAUUACUGAAAGAAGAAAGCCUCCAAGAAGGAUCCUUUCCAGAAAGGCUGACAGUGCCAAACUCAAGACUCCACCUGAGUCAGAACCUGGCUGGAAUUUAUAUAUUGUGAAUACUAUUUCAACCAUCCAGCUUUACAAAGAAAUGGUAGACUACAGUAAGACAUAUGAAAACGUAAGAACGGAGAGUUGCAUCCAUCUUCUAAGUGAGGCUCACUUGUUGAUCAGAGCAGCUCUAAUGGAUCCCAGUCUGAUGGAAUCAGAAGAGAAAGAAAAGCUCCUGGCAGCAUUCAGAGAAAGUUGUGCUCAACUAGGAGACUGUUACAGCAGGUUUGACACAAAGGAUUACCAUCUUGCCCUGCCUUACUACAAGAUGUCUGGCUUAUCCGUAACUGAAGUUUUGAAGAAAAUAGACUCAGUGGUAGAAGGUGGAACACAGAAAUAUGAAAAAGGAUUUAUCUUUUACUUAAAUCAUUCUCUUUAUGAAGAUUUAAAUGAAGAGUUAAGCAAAGAAUCAGCAGCCAAAGUGCUCCAAAUAUUCCAUCUUGCUGAACCAAACCAGCUGCCCCAUGUGCUCUGCAGUCCGUGUAUGAAGAAUGUAUGUCCCUCGAUGGCAAUGAAGCUUUUGCAGAAAGUGGAACUGAUUGUGCCGUCAGUUGUAUUGACACUAACCAAAGCUGCCAUUGCUCUGAAAAUGGGAGACCUAGAGGCAUAUAAAAAUGAGAUGGACUGUUAUACAGAGAUGAGACUGGCAUAUGGCUUUAUUGGGGAACCAAGACUUCUGAUGCAGCAGAGAGAUGGCCGGAUUGUUCCAACCAAACUUGCCUUUCAUCUGAAGGAGACAUGGCCUGGGUUGCUGGUGGCUUCGAUGUUGGCUUUACAUGAGAACAGUAAAAUCGAAUUGGAAGAAGCAGACUCUUACUUCGAGAUGCUGUGUGAGAAGAAGGAAGGUACUACCCCUCAGCUCUUAGUAGACUUCUGGGAAGCCCUCCUUGUAGCAGGCUCUGAGAAAGAAAUACUCCAGAAGCUCUUAUUCAAGCUUACUUCACAGUAUAUUUGGAGACUAUUGAGGAAGCAGUUUCCUGAUACCAAACCACUGAAAACAACAGAGGAUCUGAUAAACUCCUGUAAUCAUUAUGGGUUAAUUUUCCCUUGGGUGACCUUCAUAAUGUCAUCAGGACCUGCAUGUGAUAAGUAUCCUGAAGAUCUUUCAAAAUUACAGUCUCUUUUAUGUGGUCCAUCAGUCGACAUAGCUUCAGUUCUGCCUUUCUUGGAGCCAUUAUCAGAAGACAGUAAUGCUGGUCUCAGUGUCCAUGUUCUUUGCACUACGGGGGUAGGAGAGUAUGAGAAAUCCAUUGACAAGCUCCUGGAGAAGUGUCCUGAAGCACUCAUACCGUAUGCCCAGCAUGAGCUGAAAGAUGAAAAUCGGGCUCUGUGGUGGAACAAACUGCUUCCUGAACUCUGUAAACGAACCAGAUAUGUUGGAGAUGACUACUCCAUUCUCAUCUCAUCGCUGAAAGAAACUUUAUCAGUUGUUGCCAUGGACCUGGAGCUGAGGGAUUUCCUUAAUGUUCUACCAGACGAUGGGACUGCAGCAUUUUUCCUGCCACAUCUACUUCAGUGCAGCAAAAAGAAAUUGAUGACUUAAACACAAUGCAAAGUGUGGACUUGAAAGCACUGGAAUAAAUAGGAAAAACUAAAUAGUAGAAUUGUACAUGAAGUAUUGUGGGAGUCCAUCUACUUGCAAACUACCUGGGUAUAUUGUAAAAACUGGCCCUUCUGGGUUGUGGCUUUAUUAUAUUGUAUAAUGCGAUGACAGUCACCACUUCAGGUUGAGUAUCAAUUUUGUAGAUGAAAGAACAGUGUUUCCAGUGAUAAAAUGUCACUGAUACUGGCAAAUCGAAAGGAUCCCUCUGUAUCCUAUGGAACUGAAUAUUGUGGUGUUCAGCCAAAUAGUUGAUGAAGUUCAGACAUUUCCUAAGUGAGAAUGUGAAUUCUUAAUGGAGAAAAAUAUAGCCAGAAGGAAUAUUGUACUACUUAAAGUUGCACAAAAUUCUAUCCCACUCUGGUGUGCAUGUAAAAGUGAAGCAGGGAAUGGAAGCUAUCACUCUUGGAUCCCGUGUCUUCAGUUAGUUAGGCCCCAAUCCACAAAAAUAGUUGAGCUCAUGGGUGUUUUUAAACAUGUGCAUAAUCUCAUUGACUUGUUCUUCCAACUGGAAUUUCUAGAGACUUGUCAUGUGCUUAUAGAUAUGCACAUGCUUGAGUAAAAUUGAAUUCAGGUUGGAAGAACAAGUUAAGGGGACUGCUUGCAUGCUUAGAGGUAUGCACUUGUACAAGACUUUGCUGGAUCAUGUCUUAUUCAUCAAGUGUGUAGAAAGUGGUUCCCAAGAGAAAUAACUGUCUUUCUGUAAGUAGGUGACAGAUGUUUCGGUAAGGUGUCACAGAUAUUUUCUGCUGUUAGUUUCCUCUUCUCACAUCACUAUAUUCAGUCUCUAAUGGACAACAAGCAUCUUCACCUCUGGUUCACUUCUUUCCAGCUACAUUAUUUUCUAGAUGGACCACCAAACUAGCUGUCUGAUGUCUUUGUUUUUACCGUAUAUUUUGAAAAGGGGUCUCUUAACUAUAAGGUCAUUUUUUUCCCCGUGUUCUGAGUGGAAAUGCCUGGGUCUUUCAAGUGCAAUGCAAUGGGGAAAAACUACUAUCAGGAUGAUUGUAUGAACAGUGAUAAUUAAAGUUGAGUAUUUCAUUUUCAUUGCAUUAAACUGUUUUUCUAAUAUUCUUCAA